GCCGGACCAUCGUAUUCCUCUUAUCCUGAGGAACCUCAGACUGUGCGAGGCGGUGCCGUCCUUCCAACAGAUAAGAAGUUUUCCUGUAAUGAGUGCGGGAAACAUUUUCGUUUUAAAUCCAGCGUUAAUGUCCAUAAGAAAUCUCAUACAGGUGAGAAGCCGUAUUCGUGUCCUGAGUGCGGGAAAAGUUUUCUACGUAAAGUAGGUCUCACUAAACAUCAGAGGACUCACACGGGGGAGAAGCCGUAUUCUUGUUCUGAGUGCGGGAAAAGCUUUUCAGAUGAGUCCUAUUUUUCCAUACAUCAGAAAUCUCACACAGGUGAGAAGCCGUAUUCCUGUUCUGAGUGCGGGAAAUGUUUUCUCCGUAAAGGAGAUCUCACUAAACAUCAGAGGUCUCACACGGGGGAGAAGCCGUAUCCCUGCCCCGAGUGCGGGAAGCGCUUUUCAGACGUGUCCUAUCUUUCCAUACAUCAGAAAUCUCACACAGGCGAGAAGCCGUAUUCCUGCUCCGAGUGCGGGAAAAGUUUUCUGUGGAGAUCCCAACAUAUCAGACAUCAAAUAUGUCACACAGGCAAGAAGCCGUAUUCGUGUGCUGAAUGUGGGCAGUGCUAUCUGAAUAAAUCGACACUUGUGACACAUCAGAGGACACACACGGGGGAGAAACCAUAUCCCUGUCCUCAGUGCGGGAAACGUUUUUCAGACAAGUCCUAUCUUUCCAAACACCUGAAAUGUCACAUGGGGCAGAGGCCGCAUCCCUGUUCUGAGUGCAAAAGAAGCUUUGCGCAGAAAUCGGAACUUAUCAGACAUCUGAGGACUCACACGGGGGAGAAGCCGUAUUGUUGUUCUGACUGCGGGAAAUGUUAUUCGCUGAAGUCCAAUCUUACCGUACACAAGAGGAGAUCCCACUCAACCCCCAAAGGCGUAUCGGUGUCCCGAGUGCGGGAAAUGUCUUCUAUAUGAGUCAUGUUUUGCCGUACAUCUGAGAUCUCAUGUGGGGAAGAAGCACAGCUUGAUAUACCCCUCAGAAAACUCCAUGGCCGAUCUUCGUAAUCUAAAAAAAAAAAAAACAGUUCAGUAAUCCCGUCAGUGAAGUGUUGUAUAGUGGUAGCUAUUGAUAGCCGUAGAAAAAAUAUAUAUCAUUACCGUUCAUUGGUUGAGUAUAUUUUGUGGUGUAAUCUUUCACAAACACUUAGGGGAUCCAUUUAUAAAAAGAAAAUCGUUGGACGAAUGUUAUAAGUAUUCGCCCAGCAAUCACAGCCGUAUUUUGCCUUCUAUGUUGAUUUCCUAUGAUCGCCAGCUCCACCCUGUGGCCAUAAUGCGUUUUAUUUUUUCUUGAUAUGAGGAUAGGUGGAGCUGACCAUCAUAAGAGAUCAACUAAGCAAAGUACGGUCAGAAUUCGCGAUGGCUGGGCGAAUGCUUGUGACAAUCAUCCAAUUAAUUUUGUUAUAAGGAGGCCCCUUUGUUUCCUUCAUCAGGACUGGCCCCAUUCAAAUCACCGAUAAAUCAUAAUCAUGAGUACAGCAAGCAAUGGAGAGCACAAGUAAAUUAAAGCAACUAUAAGCAAGGGAGAUUAGUUACGGGGACACAGGACGGUAGGGCAAGGGAGUUAUUCACAAAUGAGUCCAGGCAAUAAAGUGGGGGUCCUUUUAUUCCUUUAAAACCAAGGAUCUCCAACCUCGGUCGGCCCUCCAGCUUUUUACGAAACUAUACGUCCCAUGAGGCAUCAUAAAACUCCCGAUGACGUCAGUUAUGACGAAACUAGAAGGGUGUAGUUUAUGCUCAGUUACACCAAGCUAGUUUUGUAUUGCGAUCUGUUUUUCAUCCAGGAUUAUUCUAUCCAUGCCUUGUUGGAUUUGUGACAUUUUAUAUCUUUAAUAAACCAUCGAGCUUCACAAAUGAGUCCAGGCAAUGAAGUGGAAGUCCUUUUAUUCCUCUAGAACCAGGGAUCUCCAAACAACGACCCUCUAGCUGUUUACGGAACUACACAUCCCAUGAGGCAUUGUAAAACUCUCCCGAUGACGUCAGUUAUGACGAAACUAGUAGGGUGGAGUUUAUGCUCAGUUACACCAAGCUAGUUUGUAUUGCGAUCUGUUUUUCAUCCAGAAUUAUUCUAUCCAUGCCUUGUUGGAUUUGUGACAUUUUAUAUCUUUAAUAAACCAUCGAGCUUCACAAAUGAGUCCAGGCAAUGAAGUGGAAGUCCUUUUAUUCCUCUAGAACCAGGGAUCUCCAAACAACGACCCUCUAGCUGUUUACGGAACUACACAUCCCAUGAGGCAUUGUAAAACUCUCCCGAUGACGUCAGUUAUGACGAAACUAGUAGGGUGGAGUUUAUGCUCAGUUACACCAAGCUAGUUUGUAUUGCGAUCUGUUUUUCAUCCAGAAUUAUUCUAUCCAUGCCUUGUUGGAUUUGUGACAUUUUAUAUUUUUAAUAAACCAUCGUGGUUCACAAAUGAGUCCAGGCAAUGAAGUGGAGGUCCUUUUAUUCCUCUAGAACCAGGGAUCUCCAAACUUUGGCCCUCCAGCUGUUUACGGAACUACACGUCCCAUGAGGCAUUGCGAAACUCUCCCGAUGACGUCAGUUAUGACGAAACUAGUAGGGUGGAGUUUAUGCUCAGUUACACCAAGCUAGUUUGUAUUGCGAUCUGCAGAUUGUUUUUUAUCCAGGAUUAUUCUAUCCAUGAGAAGAAAAAAUGAAGUGUAGCGCUAGAAGAAAAAACCCUAUUAAGGGGUCUUUGUGUAAUACAAAAUAUCAAAUGUCCAUAUAAACGGCAAACAUUUUUUAAAUAAAUUAAGAGUCCAUGACGAACUUCAAUUCACCGAAGGUAGUGACUUUAAUUACGACACAGUGAUUGAUAGAUGAUCCACCACCAAUUGGUGAAAAUUAUGAGGCUUACCGGAGGGAACAGACCCAAGUAAGCAUAUACUUAUCAGAUCGUUCAAGCUUAAAUGAUGCCAAGGAUCAAGAUGUACUUCCAAUGCUGAAUAGUCAGUAGACCUCCUGGGACAUCCUCAUAGAUAAUGCAGUGAUUUCACAAAAACCAAUUGAAUGGUACUAGUAUAUGUUCUCGAUUUGCACCAUCCGAGGGUAUCACAUUUGUGCAGGUAAGGAAAAAAGAAGAAUAAAAGUGCACAUAGCGUGAUUCUCAAUUAUGGCUCCAGCGUGCAGGGAAAACCGAUCCCGGUACCUACUUCCGGGUUGCGCCAGUAUCCAUGCCUUGUUGGAUUUGUGACAUUUUAUAUUUUUAAUAAACCAUCGAGCUUCACAAAUGAGUCCAGGCAAUGAAGUGGAGGUCGUUUUAUUCCUCUAGAACCAAGGAUCUCCAAACUUUGGCCCUCCAGCUGUUUACGGAACUACACGUCCCAUGAGGCAUUGUGAAACUCACCUGAUGACGUCAGUUAUGACGAAACUAGUAGGGUAGAGUUUAUGCUCAGUUACACUAAGCUAGUUUGUAUUGCGAUCUGUUUUUUCAUCCAGGAUUAUUCUAUCCAUGCCUUGUUGGAUUUGUGACAUUUUAUAUUUUUAAUAAACCAUCGAGCUUCACAAAUUAAUCCAGGCAAUGAAGUGGAAGUCCUUUUAUUCCUCUAGAACCAAGGAUCUCCAAACUUUGGCCCUCCAGCUGUUUACGGAGCUACACAUCCCAUGGGGCAUUGCGAAACUCUCCCGAUGACGUCAGUUAUGACGAAACUAGUAGGGUGGAGUUUAUGCUCAGUUACACCAAGCUAGUUUGUAUUGCGAUCUGCAGAUUGUUUUUUAUCCAUGAGAAGAAAAAAUGAAGUGUAGCGCUAGAAGAAAAAACCCUAUUAAGGGGUCUUUGUGUAAUACAAAAUAUCAAAUGUCCAUAUAAACAGCAAACAUUUUUAAAAUAAAUUUAGAGUCCAUGACGAACUUCAAUUCACCGAAGGUAGUGACUUUAAUUACGACACAGUGAUUGAUAGAUGAUCCACCACCAAUUGGUGAAAAUUAUGAGGCUUACCGGAGGGAACAGACCCAAGUAAGCAUAUACCUAUCAGGUCGUUCAAGCUUAAAUGAUGCCAAGGAUCAAGAAUGUACUUCAAAUGCUGAAUAGUCAGUAGACUUCCUGGGACAUCCUCAUAGAUAAUGCAGUGAUUUCACAAAAAACAAUUGAAUGGUACUAGUAUAUGUUCUCAAGUGAUGAUUUGCACCAUCCGAGGGUAUCACAUUUGUGCACGUAAGGAAAAAAGAAGAAUAAAAGUGCACAUAGCGUGAUUCUCAAUUAUGGCUCCAGCGUGCAGGGAAAACCGAUCCCGGUACCUACUUCCGGGUUGCGCCAGUAUCCAUGCCUUGUUGGAUUUGUGACAUUUUAUAUUUUUAAUAAACCAUCGAGCUUCACAAAUGAGUCCAGGCAAUGAAGUGGAGGUCGUUUUAUUCCUCUAGAACCAGGGAUCUCCAAACUUUGGCCCUCCAGCUGCUGCAGAACUACACGUCCCAUGAGGCAUUGUAAAACUCACCCGAUGACGUCAGUUAUGACGAAACUAGUAGGGUGGAGUUUAUGUUCAGUUACACUAAGCUAGUUUGUAUUGCGAUCUGUUUUUUCAUCCAGGAUUAUUCUAUCCAUGCCUUGUUGGAUUUGUGACAUUUUAUAUUUUUAUUAAACCAUCAAGCUUCACAAAUGAGUCCAGGCAAUGAAGUGGAGGUCCUUUUAUUCCUCUAGAACCAGGGAUCUCCAAACUUUGGCUCUCCAGCUGUUUACGGAACUACACGUCCCAUGAGGCAUUGUGAAACUCACCUGAUGACGUCAGUUAUGACGAAACUAGUAGGGUGGAGUUUAUGUUCAGUUACACCAAGCUAGUUUUGCAUUGCGAUCUGCAGAUUGUUUUUGAUACUCUGCAUUGUCACCCUGUCAAAAAGUUACAUAGGCUUGUGUGUUUUUUCAACCAGACUAGCUAUCUAGUUAGGGGGCUGCAAGGAAUCAUGCUGACACACAAUGGGCAGGAAUGGUCCACCAACGUCACCCUCUGGUAGCUGGUCCGGGACAAUGACAUGCAGCUGAUAUUGUAGAGAGGAGGAGAUCAGCAGCACCGAGAUGGAAGAAAUCACGGUGAUCGUAUGUGAUAAUAACACAUCGUACAGAGCAAACUAUACAUCAGUCGUGGUUUAUGUCUACUUUAAUAAACAGUCAUGUUGUAUUUAG